CGUAACCCACAAAUAGAAUAAUUAUAUCGAAUCCUAAAGCUUGCCUUCAUUAUUUAACAUUCAAUUGCUAAAUGUGUUCAAAAACAUCAGUUGCAUCUAACGAUUAUUGUUUUAUAUUUACAUUCUAAUUUUACAAUUAUUCAAAAUACAACUGAAGUAUAAUCUUUAUAAACUAUAAUAUGGUCAAAGUAACAAUCAACGAAGAUUUGCGGAAAGAACGGACGACGUGUACAUUCAAUUUAGAGGAAUUAACUAAUUUCUUGGACGAUGGUGUGGAAAAUACCAAAAAAAGACGAAAACUCGAGGAUUUUUUCCUAAACGAUCCACGUUUUAAAGAUGAAGUACCUUUGGAAUACUUAAGCCAUCAAGAACAUUACGAACAAGCUAUUAAGAAAUCAUGCAUAUUUUUGACAAAAAUUAAAGAAUGGGAAGAAAUAUCGAAUAGUCAUACCUUACAGAUUUAUACAGACAUUUGGAGUAGUGGAAUAGAUACAGCAAUUAUUAAACAAAGUUUACCUUUUGCCGUUCAUGUAGUUAUGUUUCUACCAGCUUUAAUAGGGAAUGGUACUCCAGAACAAAUAGAAAAAUGGGUUGAACGUGCUUUUAAAAGUGCAAUUUUGGGUACUUAUGCUCAGACUGAACUUGGUCAUGGGACAUUUAUUCGAGGCUUAGAAACAACUUGUACUUACGAUCCAGCUACAGAACACUUCAUUUUAAAUAGUCCGACAUUAACGUCGUACAAAUGGUGGCCUGGUGGACUUGGACAUUCUUGUAACUACGCAAUCGUUCUCGCUCAACUUUAUACUCAAGGGAUUAAUCAAGGGAUACAUCCAUUUAUUGUUCAAUUAAGAGACUCAGAAACAUGGAUGCCUAUGCCUGGUAUCAAAAUUGGAGAAAUCGGUAGUAAAAUGGGUAUGAACUCAGCAAAUAAUGGAUAUUUAGCAUUUGAUAACGUUCGACUGCCUCGAAUGCAUAUGUUGAUGAAAAAUUCGAAAGUCCACAAGGAUGGUACUUAUGAAAAGUCACCUCAUGAAAAAUUAACAUACGGCACAAUGAUACUAGUUAGAGUAUUAAUUGUUAGAACUUUGGUUACCACUAAUUUAAUGAAAUCAGCUACUAUCGCAGUAAGAUAUAGUGCAGUACGACGGCAAUCAGAACUUAAAUUAGGAGAGCGAGAACCUCAAAUUUUAGAUUAUCAAACACAACAGUAUAAAUUAUUUCCAGUUAUUGCUAUAUGUUUAGCAUAUAAGUUCGCAGCAAAAUGGUUAUGGGAUAAAUAUUUAUUAGUAAAGACACAACUAGAACAAGGUGAUUUGAAUCAAUUACCGGAGUUACAUGCUAUGGCUUGUUGUUUGAAAGCUGUUGGUUCGACUGACGCAGCUAUUGGAGUGACUACUUGUCGUUUAGCAUGCGGUGGUCAUGGUUAUAUGAAUUGCAGUAAUCUACCGAAUAUUUAUGCACUUAUAACUGCAACAGAAACUUACGAAGGGGAAAACACGGUAUUACUUUUACAAACGGCUAGACUUUUGAUGAAAUCGUAUCAAGUUGUGCUGUCAGGAAAUGGAUCAGUUUCGACAACUUUAUCGUAUUUGAAAAAUUACAAUAACUUAAAGCGAUUAAAUUGGAUAACAACACUAGAGUGUAUGUCCGAUGCAUUUUUUCAAGUCGCCGGGAGUAAAAUUGAAGACUGUUAUUUCACUAUAAAAAGACUAGUAGAUUCUGGAUUUAGCCAAGAAGAUGCUUGGAAUCAAACUUCCAUAAAGCUGACUCAAGCAUCCGAAGCACACUGUAGAGCAUUUGUAAUUAGCGCUUACAUUAAAACAGUUAUUGAAAACACCACAUUAUCAGCAGAGUUAAAAUUUGUUCUAACUCAACUUGGCCAGUUAAUUUGUGCACAUUGGAUAUUAAAUCGACUUGGUGAUUUUCUUCAGUACUCUAAUCUCAAACCAAAUAAUGUAUAUUCAGUACAAACUCUAUUAGAAGAUUGCUUAAAACAUAUUAGACCAAAUGCUGUUGGUUUAGUAGAUAGCUUUGAUAUUCGAGAUGAAAUAUUAGACUCUACAUUGGGUUCUUAUGAUGGAAACGUCUACGAACGACUUAUAGAAGGAGCUAAUAAAAGUCCGCUGAACAAAGAACCUGUAAAUCGUUCAUUUGAGUUGUAUUUAAAGCCAUUUUUAAAAUCGAAUAUGUAAAUCACUUCCAUACCCUUAUAAUAAUAUACAUGUACCUUAAAAAACAAAAAAUGUAACUUUUGUGUAAUACAGAGAUGGUAAACCUA